AUGGCUCGAACCCGACUUAAGCAUCUCGUCUCCGAUAGGCUACCAGAAGACAGACGCCAUUCAACCAUGGAAAAUAAUGAAACAAAAAUAGAGAGAAGCUCUUACCUCUCAGAGUAUGAGAACAGCUUCCGUUUCGAAUACUGGAAAAAUGCUGGUUUGAAAGGCAAAGGUUCCAGGCCUGAAUCAAAACUUAUAGAGAAGAUUAUUGAACAUACUUUGAAGAGAUUGAAUGAUAUGUCGUCUAUUUAUAGUAAGAACUUGAUUGGAAUAGCAAUGAAGAUUCAAAAAAUUAAAUCUUUAUUAUCUAAUGGGCCAAAAAAAGUAUGCAAGGUAGGGAUUUGGGGUAUGGGUGGUAUAGGCAAAACAACUCUUGCUGAUGUAGUUUUCAACGACAUCUCAAGUCAAUUUGAAGCUUCUUAUUUCACCAAAAAUGUUAGAGAAGUAUCGGAAAAAGGUGAACUAAGUCACUCGCAAAAAGAACCUUUUUCUACAAUAUUAGAGGAUGAACACAUCAAUAUAAGGCUCACAUUCACAAAAGAAAGGCUUGGAUGUAAGAGUGUGCUUAUUGUCUUUGAUGAUGUAACAGAUUUAAAACAAAUAAAAGAAUUAAUUGGAGAUCUUGAAUACGUGAGUGUAGGAAGUCAAAUCAUUAUAACAACAAGAGAUAAUCAAGUCCUUAAAAAUUGUGGACUGGAUGAUUCUGCCAUAUAUGAGGUCAAGGGAUUAUGUAGUUAUGAAUCUCUUCAACUUUUUAAACAACGUGCCUUCAAACAAAACCAUCCAAUUGAUGCAGUUUAUAUGAAGCUAUCAAAUAGAGUGAUAGAUUAUAUAAAAGGUUUGCCUUUAGCUCUUGAAGUCUUAGGCUGCUUUCUACUUGGUAGAGACAAAUUUGUUUGGGAAAGUGCACUGGAUGAAUUAAAAAAAUCUCCAAAUGAUGUUAUCCAAACAGUGCUUAAGAUAAGUUAUGAUGGAUUAGACUGUAGAGAGAAGGAUUUAUUUCUAGAUAUUACAUACUUCUUUAAAGGAUGGAAUAAACAUCUAGUUGGCAGGCUCAGUUCACAUAUUGGAAUAAGUGUUCUCAUUGAUAAAGCUCUUAUAACUAUUUCAUACAAGACCGUAACAAUGCAUGAUUUGAUUCAAGAAAUGGGUUGGGAAAUUGUUCGACAGGAUCCAGUUAAUAAAUUUUGCCAACGUAGUCGAUUUUGGCAUUGUAAUGACGUCUAUCGUGUACUGAAAAGGAAUCUUGGAACUGAUACGAUACGAGGCAUAUGUUUUGAUAUGUUCCAAAUGAGAGAGAUACACCUGGAUCCGUAUGCUUUCUCGAAGAUGCGUAAUCUAAGAUUCUUGAUUGUGAAUAACUCAGAUCAGAUAGACUAUAAUAAGGUGCAUGGUUUUGAAGGCAUUGAAUUUGAUUUCACAGAGCUAAUAUGCCUCUAUUGGAAAGGUUACCCCUGCACAUUGUUGCCAUUGAAUUUUGAUCCAGAGAAUCUUGUUGAACUUAAGAUGCACGGCAGCAAUCUUAAACAACUAUGGACCGGUAUCAAGGAUCUUGCUAAUUUAAAAUACUUUGACUUGAGGUACUCAAAACAUUUACUUAAAGUCCCUGACCUCUCACAGGCUCAAAAUCUAGAGUGCUUAAUUUUAGAAGGAUGUACAAGUUUGUUUGAGAUCACUCCUCCAUCUCAGAAUCUCAAUAAACUUAUUGUUUUGAAUCUAAGAUAUUGCGAAAAUCUCAUCAGUCUUCCAAUCGGUAUUCAAUCAAAGUCUUUAAGAGAUGUUAUUCUAUCUGGUUGCUCUAAUCUCAACACUGCUCCAAGGAUCUCAUGUAAUAUGAAACGAUUGUGUUUGGAUGGAACUGCAAUAAAAGAAUUAUCAUCUUCGAUCAAAGUCCCUCGAGAUAGUUCAAUUGAAUCUUCAGGGUUGUUCAGGGCUUGA